AUGGGAAGCUCAUCGCCUCACUCUCACCUCCUGCCUCCCAUCACUCUCACCUCCUGCCUCCCAUCACUCUCACCUCCUGCCUCCCAUCACUCUCACCUCCUGCCUCCCAUCACUCUCACCUCCUGCCUCCCAUCACUCUCACCUCCUGCCUCCCAUCACUCUCACCUCCUGCCUCCCAUCACUCUCACCUCCUGCCUCCCAUCACUCUCACCUCCUGCCUCCCAUCACUCUCACCUCCUGCCUCCCAUCACUCUCACCUCCUGCCUCCCAUCACUCUCACCUCCUGCCUCCCAACACUCUCACCUCCUGCCUCCCAUCACUCUCACCUCCUGCCUCCCAUCACUCUCACCUCCUGCCUCCCAUCACUCUCACCUCCUGCCUCCCAUCACUCUCACCUCCUGCCUCCCAACCCUCUCACCUCCUGCCUCCCAUCACUCUCACCUCCUGCCUCCCAUCACUCUCACCUCCUGCCUCCCAUCACUCUCACCUCCUGCCUCCCAUCACUCUCACCUCCUGCCUCCCAUCACUCUCACCUCCUGCCUCCCAACCCUCUCACCUCCUGCCUCCCAUCACUCUCACCUCCUGCCUCCCAUCACUCUCACCUCCUGCCUCCCAUCACUCUCACCUCCUGCCUCCCAUCACUCUCACCUCGAUACAGAAGCACCCAGAUGGCACCGACUUGCCAUGCUCCCGCGCGAUCCUGUCCUGCAGGCAGUAGAUGCGAUCCCUCAGGGCAGUGAGCGGCUGGCUUCCCAGCACGAGGAACUCUUGUCCCUGGAGCAAGGGUCUCUGACUGCCUCUGACUGCCUCUUCCCUCACGACCCUGUCCUCUUCCCUCACGACCCUGUCCUCUUCCCUCACGACCCUGUCCUCUUCCCUCACGACCCUGUCCUCUUCCCUCACGACCCUGUCCUCUUCCCUCACGACCCUGUCCUCUUCCCUCACGACCCUGUCCUCUUCCCUCACGACCCUGUCCUCUUCCCUCACGACCCUGUCCUCUCGGUCGGCAGCACAUGCGGUCCCUCAAUGCUGUGA